AUCGAUUGAUUUGCCUUGCUCUUGUUGAUUCUUCCGCGAGGUUGGAUCGAUCGAUUUGCUUUCUCUCUUGCAGAUUCUUCUGCGAGGAGAUUUGUGUGUGAAUUGUUGGCGCAGCAGGGGCUGGAAUCGAUGGAUUCCAAGCACAAUGUCCAGCCGCUGCCCAAGAACUUGGGAUUGCGGCACGCGCAUUCGAGGGAGGAGGCGAUGAAGCUGAAUUUCAUGGAGCUGGUCGCCGGCGGGCACGGGGUUUUGUUUGGCUCGCGGAUUCCCAAGCAUUACUUCAUGGUGAAGGGCUUUGGCCAGACUGAUGCUGGCGAUGGCGCCGAUCCCUGGGAGACUGGAUCGUAUGAUCUAGCGUUGGAAUCGGCUGGGAUCAUGGAUUUCAACAUCACGCAGUACUCAUCAGUGAUCCCUCCGGAAUCCUCCAAGAUCGAGUUCCAUGAAGCAAAGCCAUUCUUCCGGCAUGGAGCGGUGAUGGAAGCGAUCAUGGCGAGUAUGAAUGGUGUCAAGGGAGACAGAAUCACGGCUGGAGUUGCCCGAAUUCAGAUUCGAAGAAAGCGAGACAACGCAGUGAUCGGUGGCUAUGCGGCGGAAUACAGUGGCCACGCCAGAGAAUCGGAGGCCAGGAGAAUCCUUCAGAAGGAUCUGGAGGGCAUUUUCAAGCGGCGAUUCGAUCAAGAGGACUACGAAGUUUUCGAAGAGGAUUUCAUGAUCCAAGAGAGCGAGGUAGAACAAGGCUUUGGGACUGCCCUAGCGGCCAUAUGCUUUGUCACUUACGUGGAACCUGUUUUCGUAAACAUGUCAUAACGGCACUUUCCGAGUAUAGUAAACCCUCUGUUUUUAGGGCU